AAACAGUUAAUGAAUAAAUCUCUUUUAUUAGAAAUGUAGCUGAGAGACGCUCUCGAUAGAGAAAUUAAUCUCAAAAAACUUAAUGAAUCCUUAAUGUAAGCUAUGAGUGAAAUGGCAAAUCAAGAUAAGGGAAAGGAAAUUCAUUUCUUAAAUUAACUGCAUGAAAGAGAAGUAUCCAAUCUAAAAACUACACUUCAAGAAAAAAUUACAAUCCUCGAAUAUGAAGUAAGACUUAAAUAAUAUUAUCAGCAUCGUAAGAAAUGUUAAGAGUUUAUUUAAUUGUAAAAUGAUUAUAAGCAAUUAUAAUUAGACUAUUAAGAAGAAUAAGAUAAGUAAUUAUUAAUUUCAUUUAGAAAAUGUCUAAAUUGCAUUGAAUUGUAAUAUUAAUUAGAUCUAAUUAAAAAAUAACAUGAUAUUGAAAAAGAAGGACUUGCUCAUGAAUUUGCUGAAGCCCUUAACAAUUAGAAAUCUAUUUUUGAAUAUGUAUAAUUAUGUCAUCUUAAAACUAUAGGAUUUAAAUUGUAUCAAAUUAAAACUUAAAGAACUCUCCUAUUAAUUGGAUUGUGAAUGUAAGGAAAAAGAUAAAUUAUAAAAAGCUAUUUAAGAAUCAAAUAACGCUCACGAUUUAGCAGUAAAUUUUAUAAAUAAAUUAGUAAAGAAGCUUAAUGUAAUAAAUUACUGAUUUAAAUAAAGCUCAUAAUGACACAAUCAUUUAGAAUAAUCAAUAUUAGAUAACCACAUAAUAAAGGGAACAAUUAUAAAUAGUUAAGCUUUCACAAAUUGAACAAGAGAAAAUAAUCUUGGAAAAACAAUUCUUAGAAUAAAAGUAAUUAGUUUAAUCUAUAACUAAUAUAGAGAGAUUAAUUAUAAAUUGGAUUCUUAACUUAAAAUAUUGAAUCAGUAAUUACAUGAUAAAGAAACCAAAUUACUUGAAUAAAAGACUGAAUUAACGAAAAAGUUGAUUAAUGAAAAAAAAAUUGCAGAACAAUGUUAAGUCGUUGCUCUUAAACUGAAAAAUGAUUUUCAAAGAAAAUAAUCUCUCUUAAUUGAAGAAUCUCUCAAAAAAGAAUAAUAAUUAAAAACUAUUUAAACAUAACUUACAAGAUAAAAGAGUAAAAACAAAUUUUAUGAAAAUGCUCUUAAUUAAGUCAAUCUUUAAGAAAUUAAGAAUAAUACUCCUAAAUAAAUUAAACAUAAAAAAAAUAACUUUUCUAAUGAUUUUAAUUCAUCUCGUUAAAAUGGUCAUUCUAAAGUAAUUUAACUUAUUAUUAUUAAAAGAAUACUUUAAGUUAGGGUCAUAUUGCAAAAAUUAAAAUAUUGCCAUCUUCAAUACAUAAAAGUGAAGCAGAUUCUAUUCAUUUUAAUCUUACAGAUAUGCUUAAUUCAACAAGAAAUCCUGAUUAAUAAAAUUUAUCUUGUAGAUAAUCAAAUGAUGAUGUUACUUACAAUAUAGAAUAAUUUAAUUGUGUUGCUAAAAUUGUAUAUAUUAUAUAUUAAUAAAAGAUCUAAACUAAUGAAGAUUCCAAUACACCAACUUAAAUAUUGACUGAAAGAUAAUAAUUGUCUCCUAGAACUAGAAGUAUAUUCUCAUUUAUAUUUUCUUAGUUUAAACUGUGAAUCCAAAAGGACAUCUCUAAAGAGUAAGAUAAAUAAAAGCAGAUCUGACUAAAGAAAACGCUAUUGUUAAACUUAAAGCUUGA